AUAAAACCAGGCACUUCUGGCUCAGUCUGUAACUAGUCGUUCCAAAAGCCACAGCAAUUUGGUGAAACAAGUGUGAUCAGUUUGACGCAGAUUUUUUCUUGGUGAUUAGUGCAAAAAAGUACAGCAAGUUUAUUACUCAAUUGAUAACGAGCAACGUAAGUAAAAGCCAAGUGUGUGACUGGGCAGAAUUUAGAAACCAAUUACAAGAUGAAUUCGACACACAGCACACAACAACCGGGACCUUCAACUGGAAAUGUAUCUUCGAGUUCACCAACACACAUGCAACUGAAAACAACAAUACAUCCGCCCCUUUCAAUGAGCUUCACAUGGAGAGGAGAUAGAACCAAACAAGGUUUCGAUUAUCAGAAACAACUUACUUCGACGCUUUUCGUUGCUGCAUCCUUGGAAGAAUGCAGAUUCCGCCUGGCAUCAGAAAUGGAGCAGGCCGGUAAGUUUGAUGACGCUGUGCUACUUUUGGAUGAUCAGAAGGAAGUAUGGUUCUUUCAAGUCAAGCGUAGUGAUGGGCAUGCUGAAAUUGAAUACAAAGAGUUUUUUCCUACAAAUUUUGAUACAAAAAAUCCGUUAUCCCUUCCAAUCUACAUUCAAUCAUUCAUGAAUGUUUCAAAAAAAAGUGAGUUCAAGAAUUACAAAAAACAGUUUAUAAUCUUCACCGACAAAUCAAUAGAUGAUAAUACUAGAAUUAAACUAAGAGAUCUCUUUGACAUAGAAAGCUGGGCUUUGAAUGAUUCGUUGAGAACUAAAAUGUUCGGAACGUGUAAUGGAAAAAAUGAAAAAUUAGUUCCAAAAGCACAGAAAAUCCAGGAACUGUUGAAAGAGAUAAACAAAUUACCUGUUGACGUCAAGGAUGCUAUAAUUGAGCUUCAGAAUUCGGGUAAAAUUAAAAACAUCUUGAGAAAAUACCUCAAUCCUUUACGAUCCAUUUUGAAAAUUGAUAACUCCAUAAGAUUUGCAGACACAUUCACAAGAUAUAAGGAUGACAUAAAUCAGCAAUGGUUAUGGAACGAGCUUCAUACACAUUUCAUUACUUCGUGCGGAAGAUUUAAGGACCUAUCAGAGGUGGUUUUCAGUAGUGAGAUAGACAAGAGGCAACUCAACAAUAAACCCGAAGAAACUAGUUUUCCUAGGUUCAUCGAAGAAUCUGAUUUGAGAAGCUUUUUUGAUUGCUUUGCGUUAUGUACCGGUCAGCCUAAAGAUCUCUACAAGACAAAAAAUAGCAUUAUAAAAUCGUUUGUGGACAAGUGCGUUCAUGAUAAGGACCGUUCUUUGUUUAGUAAUAGAAACGAAUUUUAUAAAAUACUGGAAGAUGAAUUUGAAGAAUGGUACAAGAUUACAAACAUAAAUAACAAAAAGAAGCCUUAUUUGAGCAGCGACGAAGGAAACGAGUGUAUUCGUAAGAUCGAAGCGGAUCUGCGCAGAAGCUUACAAAAGAUUACAGAAGCAGAUUUCAGUGAUUAUGUGGAACGUAAGCUUAUUUUACAAAAUGGUCACAAAAAUAUAACAGAAGAUAAAUUUACUUCAAUGUUGAAGCAAUCGCCUGAUCGGAACGAUUAUUACAUAUUGGUAGGUGAGGCAGGCAUGGGAAAAACAACUUUCAUGAAAAAAAUCACGUAUUUACUACAAGCUGACUACAACAAUCACGUGUAUCUGAUUUGCUUGAAUGGGUUGUUUAAAAACUACGAGGAACAAAACGAUAUAUUCACACUUAUGAAAUCCUCCCAUUUUACAAGAUCCACCCAAAAGUUUAUUCAAAACAGUUUGGAAAAUUGUCCAGAACAAUGUUUCAUUCUUCUAGAUGGCUUCGAUGAGAUUGAUACACAGCAUCAGAGUUUAGCUAUUAAGCUUAUCAAGGAAACUUUCUGCAAAAAUGAUAUUCGAUUGCUCAUAAGUGGCAGAAAUCAUGUGAAAAACACACUGGAAAAAGGAUUGCAAGUUAAGACAUUAAAGCUUGUUCCAUUAGUUGAGGAUGAGCAGCUGAUGUUUUUGAGAAACUACUGGGACAUCAGUUCUGAGAUCAGUCAGAAAGAUCUCGUACGAUUUCAAAUAUUUGCGAAACGUUUGCUCGAGCUUUUGCAUGACAGUAUUAAAUCUGUCUAUUUCCACUUUACUGGUCUACCUCUAAUGGUUCGAAUGCUUGCAGAAGUCAAAAAGGAAAAAUUCGAAAAAUACUGGACGUCAACACAUGGAAACAUUACCGAGAUAUUGAACAUGGAAACCCAUUUCAGUGUGGUGAGUUUAUAUGAAAAUUUUGUCAAGAUAUCAUUCAACAUAUUCGCCAAAAAAGUUAAAAAGGAAGAAGCAUAUGCAACAGUUGAAUCAAAAAUAGAUGAUUUUUUCAAAGACAACUUCACAAAAUUUGAUCGUGCUCAUCAGAUAAUUGCUAUUGAACAGUUAAACGUUCCUGAAUUACGUAAAAUAUUGAGCAAUAACGAUACUGUAACAAUUCUGGAAAGCAUGCAAAAAAUCCUGGACUAUGGAGAAAAAUCACUAUUGAUCAAUGCUUCGAACAAGAACCACCUACAAUUCACUCACUUAUCGUAUGCUGAGUAUUUCCUUUCAAAAUUUUUGUAUGACCAUGUGUUAGAUUGGAAAGCGAUCUUGUUUGAUGUUUUGAAUAAACAUACAGUAGUUCGAGCCUUUUUCUUUUCGAUGAUUGAGGAAAAUUGGGAUAACAGUAAAUCGCAAAUGGACGCAAUCAACCGAAUUUGCCACAAAACACCUGCAAUGAUGUAUUUAGUCUGUUUUGAUGGUUACGAAUUAAUUUUAAAAGAGCUCCUGAACCACCAUGAGGCUAAACAGUUGCUUCAAAGAAGGGAGCUAGACAAAAAAGUCACACUUCUGCAUGUUGCUGUUCAAUCCAGGAAAGAAAACAUUCUAAGGUUAGUUCUCUGUGAUCACCAAUUUGGCGAUUGUACUCACCAUGAAGCAAGCAAUAAUACUAUGGAAGAAAACGAAUCUGAAAUAGACAUAAAUACCCCAGAUUCAGAGGGAGCUUUACCAAUUCAUUACGCUGUAUCUGAUGGGAACGAAGGGAUUGUGAAUAUGCUUGCGCAACAUGGUGCUGAUAAAAGUAUUAAUGCUCAAGACAGGCACGGAAAUACUCCUCUACAUAAUGCAGCCGAUGUGGGAAUAGUCAAGCUGCUAAUUCAUAAAUAUUCAGCCGAUUACAAAAUUGCCAAUAGACACGGACAAACUCUUAUUCAUUUGGCGGCACAAAGUGGUAAUAUGAAAAUUGUUCAGAUGCUUAUAGACGACUUUGCAGCUGAUGUUAAUGUGCAAGACAACUAUGGAAAUACUCCUCUCCUUCUUGCUGCCUCUUGGCGUCAGUGGGAGACGGUCAAGAUGUUGAUUGACAAAGAUUCCGAAUAUUGUGGAGACUACAAAAUUGCCAAUAAUACAGGAACAACUCUUUUUGACUUGGCGAUCAUAGCAGGAGAAAUAGAAAUUGUACAAAUGCUUAUAGAUGACCAUGCUGCUGAUGUUGAUGUGAGAAUCUGCUAUAGAAACACUCCUCUCCUUCUUGCUGCCAGAAAUAAUAAGUGGGAGAUUGUCAAGAUGUUGAUUGACAGAAAAUGCAAAUAUUCUGCAGACUACAAAAUUGGCAAUGGAAUCGAACGAACUGUUAUUCAUUUGGCAGCCGAAAGAGGUAAUAUGGAAAUUGUACAAAUGCUUAUAGAUGACUAUGCGGCUGAUAUCAAUACGCAAGACAACGAUGGAAAUACUCCUCUCCUUGUUGCUGCCAAAAAUGAUGUGUGGGGGGUGGUCAAGAUGUUGAUUGACAAAAAAUCCAAAUAUUUUGCAGACUACAAAAUUGCCAAUAAUGACGGACAAACUAUUAUUCAUUUUGCGGCACUAAGAGGUAAUAUGGAAAUUGUACAGAUGCUUAUAGAUGACUAUGCGGCUGAUGUCAAUGCGCAAGACAACGAUGGAAAUACUCCUGUUCUUCUUGCUGCCAAACAAAAUGACUGGAGGAUGGUCCAGAUGUUGAUUGACAAAGAUUCCAAAUAUUUUGCAGACUACAAAAUUGCCAAUGAUGACGGACAAACUCUUAUUCAUUUUGCGGCACUAAGUGGUAAUAUGGAAAUUGUACAGAUGCUUAUAGAAAACUAUGCAGCUGAUGUCAAUGCGCAAGACAACGAUGGAAAUACUCCUGUUCUUCUUGCUGCCAAACAAAAUGACUGGAGGAUGGUCCAGAUGUUGAUUGACAAAGAUUCCAAAUAUUUUGCAGACUACAAAAUUGCCAAUAAAAACGGAAAAGCUCUCAUUCAUUUUGCGGCCAAAGCAGGUUAUAUGGGAACUGUAAAGAUGCUUAUAGAAAGCUAUGCGGCUGAUGUCAAUGCUCAAGACAACGAUGGAAAUACUCCUGUUCUUGUUGCUGCCAAAAAUAAUGAGUGGGAGAUGGUCAAGAUGUUGAUUGACAAAGAUUCCAAAUAUUUUGCAGACUACAAAAUUGCCAAUAAAAACGGAGAAACUCUUAUCCAUUUCGCAGCAAGAGAUAAUAUGGAAAUGGUAAAGAUACUGAUAGAUGACUAUGCGGCUGAUGUCAAUGCGCAAGACAACGAUGGAAAUACUCCUCUCCAUGUUGCUGCCAAACAUUCUGAAUGGGAGGAGGUCAAGAAGUUGAUUGGCAGAAAUUCCGAAUAUUUUGGAAACUACAAAAUUGCCAAUGAUGACGGACAAACUCUCUAUAAUUUUGCGGAAGAAAGUGGUAAUAUGGAAAUUGUACAGAUGCUUAUAGAUGACUAUGCGGCUGAUGUCAAUGCGCAAGACAACGAUGGAAAUACUCCUCUCCUUCUUGCUGCCAAAAUAUAUAAGUGGGAGAUGGUCAAGAUGUUGAUUGACAAAGAUUCCAAAUAUUCUGCAGACUACAAAAUUGCCAAUAACGCCGGACAAACUCUUAUCCAUUUUGCGGCAGAAAGUGGUAAUAUGGAAAUUGUACAGAUGCUUAUAGAUGACUAUGCGGCUGAUGUCAAUGCGCAAGACAACGAUGGAAAUACUCCUCUCCUUCUUGCUGUCAAAAGAUAUAAGUGGGAGAUGGUCAAGAUGUUGAUUGACAAAGAUUUCAAAUAUUCUGCAGACUACAAAAUUGCCAAUAACGCCGGACAAACUCUUAUCCACUUUGCGGCCGAAAAAGGUGGCGUUGAAAUUGUAAAGAUGCUUAUAGAAAACUAUGCGGCUGAUGUCAAUGCGCAAGACAACGAUGGAAAUACUCCUGUUCUUCUUGCUGCCAAACAAUAUGACUGGAAGAUGGUCAAGAUCUUGAUUGACAAAGAGUCCGAAUAUUUUGCAGACCACAAAAUUGUCAACAAAAACGGAGAAACUCUUAUCCAUUUCGCAGCAAGAAAUAAUAUGAACACUGUAAAGAUGCUGAUAGAUGACUAUGCGGUUGAUGUCAAUGCGCAAGACAACGAUGGAAAUACUCCUCUCCUUCUUGCUGCCAAAAGAUAUAAGUGGGAGAUGGUCAAGAUGUUGAUUGACAAAGAUUCCAAAUAUUCUGCAGACUACAAAAUUUCCAAUAACGCCGGACAAACUCUUAUCCAUUUUGCGGCAGAAAGUGGUAAUAUGGAAAUUGUACAGAUGCUUAUAGAUGACUAUGCGGCUGAUGUCAAUGCGCAAGACAACGAUGGAAAUACUCCUCUCCUUCUUGCUGCCAAAAAUGAUAAGUGGGAGAUGGUGAAGAUGCUGAUUGACAAAGAUUUCAAAUAUUCUGCAGACUACAAAAUUGCCAAUAAAGCCGGACAAACUCUUAUUCAUUUGGCGGCCGAAGGAGAUAAUAUGGAAAUGGUGCAGAUGCUUAUAGAUGUCUAUGCGGCUGAUGUCAAUGCGCAAGACAACGAUGGAAAUACGCCUCUUCAUUGUGCAGCCGAGAAUAGCAUGUGGAAAAUGGUCAACAUUUUGAUCGUGAAGCAUCGUGCAAAUUUCAAUGCUACUAACAAGAGCGGCCAAACUCCUUCUCACGUAGCUGCCUUGAAGGGCCAGUGGGAUGUUGUGAAAAUGCUUCUUGCCGAUUAUGCAUUAGAUGUCAACACUCCGAACGGAUCCGGACGGACUCUUCUGCAUUUGGCAACUGAAAAUAACAAAUUGGAAGCUGUGAAGAUGCUCAUACAUGACCACUCGGCAGAUAUCGGUUGCCUUGACAGUGAAGGGCGUACGCCCUUUCAGGUGGCUAUCGAGAGGGGCCACAGAGAAGUUGUGGACGAGCUGGCCAAAGUCCAAAAUGCUGAAUUUUCGAGAAAUUAAAAAAAAAAAGAAAAAUUCCACAGACAGAAAGCCGACGAAAAAAAAAACGAAAAAGUUAAAACAAAGGAAAUAAUAAAGCUAUAAAAAUGUAGUUCCUUCCCUCUUCGAUAAAACAGGCUUAUUCAUUACUAUCCAAAGGGCUAAAAUUACGAUUAGACCAUAUUUGUUUUGACCACCUGAAAGCUCCCACUCUGUCGCAAGCGACACGUUCGAUAUGUCCUCAACGAUUCAAAGGAUCACUGAAACAUGGUUGUGUGGGUGUACACCGGAGCUGUACCGCUGUACAAUCUCACACACACUCAUUCAUGAUGUUUUUCGCUGAAUUCGUUCGUGGCGCUAGUGUGUGUUGAAGUUUGAGUACCGUCGUUGGGGGUGAGAA